GAUCAAAAAGGGGGAGGAUCUCGUUUUUGAAGAGGGGGCGUUGCUGCACUGCACUUCUAACAGUUCCAAUGGUGGCAUUGAAGGAGAUGCUGUUACAAUACUAGAACUGACACAAGAAUAAAGAGUAGAGAUCUAGAUAAUCAUCAGAAGUGAUUAUUGUGAGCUUUUUGCACCUAAAUAACAAACAAUUCGAGAACAUCAGUUUCUGAGCUACUAUUUGCGUCUCUUUGGAGAUGGAGACGGAUUGCUCCUUUGUUGAAGAAGAACAGGACAAGACGUUUGCAAGAGAUUUUGAGCACACUAAUUUGAAUAACGAUGGCUCAAGUGAACCCUACAUUGCAAUAUGUAGCAGAACACUGACCGGACCUAUGACAUUGUCUGCAAAAAUGCAUCUUCAAUCAAUCAAUACUGAUUUACGAACAGAACAAUGUGAAAAUGAGAGGCACAGCAAACUAGCUGAUGGCUUAGAGGUAAUUUCUAAUCAUACAACGAAGCAGACUAACCUAAGUGAUCACUAUCCACGGCACAGUACUAAGCUACAGUCGCCAAAACUCCAAAAACAGUUGUCACAUACUUCAUCUAGACAAAAGAGACCGUUUUUACACCAAUUACAGCACUUUGCAAUAUCAACUCUACUUGUGCUGGCACUAACAAUUCCCGCACAUGCCCACAGUACAUCUCCUAUCGACCAAUCCUUUUCUAAAUCACUGUCACCCUCUUUGAAAGACGUGUUUUAUUCUCCGGAAACAUGGAUCAUAGAGGAACUGGAAACAGAAGAAACGUUGACCCAAAAGCCACCACUGCAAAUAACUGACACAUUGGCACAUGUUGGCUACCUCUUCAGAGCAACAAUUAUUAUUAACUCGCAAGGGCUGGACGGAAAUAAUGAACAAGACACAUCAAUACAAUUUCAGGCAACAGAGGCUGGUAAAAAAGGUCUUCCAUUUUGGCUACACCUCAACGUUCGCACUGGUGAAUUAUCAGGCAUUCCCCUGGAAAAAGACCAAGGCAAAAUCUAUCUCAUUCUUGAUGCUCGUAUUGUGAACAGUGACGGAAGUACAAAUCACUUCAGUGAAGUAAUAUCAAUUGAAGUCGCAGCACCUUCCCAGUACCCAAUGGACAUAUCGCCUGUUUACAAAAGUACAAAAGAUUGUACACCAAAAUCAACAUUUCCUUCGCAUUGCCUUCCAAAUGAAAUUUCUAUUUUAGCAAACAUUCUCUUUAUAAGAGAUUUCCGCUAUCUCAAACCUCUGCAUAGAGCUAAUCUCCUUCUGUCAGUAUCGGAUCUCGUUGGUGUUUGUUCGAAUCAGAUUUGGCUUAACAGAAUAAAUUGGAGCAGCAAAGAAAGCCUAAAGCUUUGGAGUCAGCUUGCAGCAGUUGAUUUCAAGAAUGUUCUUACUCAUGCCACCAUUUUGUCUUUUGUGAUUGAUUGUCAGCCGAUUGAUGCUAUUGAGAACACAGUAAACUUAUCUAGCACAGUUACGUUGAUGGAUCAUGCUCUGUCUGUCUGUGGCAAUGGAAUAGCUCUGGAUGAUGAUGGAUAUGCGAUGGUCGACUGCUACAAAUGGUUUAUCAAUAGAGAAGCGACUGUACUCGAUCAAUCUAAUAAUAUACUCUACGAUGAAAUUGAAACGCCUCGUAAUCGAGCCAAGAGACAAGAAAAUGAUGGCCUUGAUUAUGUCUAUAACUAUGACAAUGAUAUUCCCAAUACACCUCUCACUACAUCUGUUGCUAUUGCUUCAACUUCAGAAAUAGCCCCAACAUCCACACUUGCUGACAUUCCUGCUACAAGUUCUUCAAAUGUUGCUAAAGCAGAUUCUUCAAGUAUUGCCGACAUUCUGAGAGCAAUUUCUUCAAGUAUUGCUAACAAUCCUACCUCAAGUUCUUUGAUCAUUACUGAUAUUUCUACUACAAGCAUUGCUGACAUUUCUACUACACGUUCUUUGAGCAUUGCUGAAAUUUCUACGAAUCAAUUUACUACCAUAAUGCAAACGUCAGCAGCAGUUUUACCCUCUGCGCUGUUAGUGCGAGUAGUACCUUCCUCGGAAAUCGCUACGUUCAUGUCAGGUCAAAUAGUUCCAACUGCCGUCUCAUCUACGGCUUCUUCAUCAAAUGCUGCUAUCAUGUCCUCCGAGUUCAUUGAAGCGUUCACCACGGUGCCUCAAUUCUUGAUGAGCAGUGCAUUUGAUUUUGAGAGUAUGACAACUGUAAUGCAAAUGAUCGUAACUCCUACUAGAAGCAGAAUAUUUUCAUUCAGUAUCAAUCCAAGUAUCGAAAUUCUUGAUUCAACGAGCAUAUUCUUCUCAUCAUUCUCAUCAUUGAUAUCUCUAACACCAACCAUGACUUUGUCUAGCAUUCGUUCGACCAGUGUAUCUGUAUCGCCAAGUAUCAACUUAUCAGAAAGUCCAUUUUUAACAUCUACUGUACGGAGUACAACAAUUUCAAUAUCAAGCUCAUCUCAGUUUUCGAGUUCAUCAUUUCCGAGGGUGUCCACAAUGUUGACACCAAGUCUUUCCCUACAGAGCAGUUUAAUUGACAUUUCCACUCCUCGAUCUACUGUAUUAGCAUCAACAUCACUAAGGGUUAGUUCGAGUCCCUUUUCAACUGCAGUUUUUACAACAGAAAUGCUAACUUCUACCCCCACCCCCACACCCACUCCCACGCCCAUACCUACGCCCACGCCCACUGUUCUCUCUUUGGCUCCGUCAAGCUUGAUAGAUUUCAGUAGCAGUAUUGAAGACAUAUCUUUCGUAUUUUUCCCUCCAACAACUACUAUGGUAAUUGAAUCAGUAGCAAGUACGAAUGUAUUGUUUACUAUCGGAUCGAGUGAUAUAAUAACCCCAACAAGAACUGUAGUACUAAUGCCCAUGCCUACCUCUGAGUUAUCUGUGUCCAUCAGCAUGUUUACACCUUCUGACGUGGAAACAUCUAUUUCAAUACCUCUAACGGUAUUCACACUGGCACCAUCUACUUCAACUGAGGCAAUCUCUCCUAGUGAAAGUUUGAGUGAGGUUUUCCUUCCACCUACAACGACUAUGGUACCUAUGGUUACCCUCAUACCACUCACAUCUCGUAUACCACUAUCCUCGUUAAUUCCAACUCCAAGCAGCUCAAGUUUAUCAACAAGCGAUUUUUUUGCUAUGUCAACAACAGAUUUCUUCGAUAUUUCAACAACCGAUUUCUUUGAUAUUUCAACAACCUCAAUUCCUAUAUUCUUCAUGUCGACAUCCACCACUAUACAACAAACACUCACAGAAACCUCUCUCAUACUCACUCCUUCAUUCAACUUCCCUGUGACAAGCUCUCUCACUCCUUCAUCCUCCGUUGUGUCUUCAUCAAUAAUGACUUCUUCCCCAGUCACAAGUGACUUCCUCACUCCAGAAAGUACCGAUAUUUUCUUUCCUAUGACAAGCAAUGUUUUGUUUCCUGCAACUAGUGACUCUGCGGCUACAAGUACGACUAUCUUUGUUCCUACUACGACCGAUGUUUUAUUUCCUGAGACAAGUAGCAUAAACAUUUUGUUUCCUAUGACUACUGACUUAGUUUCACCUACUACGACUAGUGACUUUGUUUCGCCUACUACAAGUAGCAUCAUUUUCAAUCCUACUACGACUGAUUUAUUGUUUCCUGAGACAAGUAGCAUGGAUAUUUUACUUCCCACAAUUAGUGACUUCAUUUCACCUACUGCAAGUAGCCUUGUCUUUGUUCCUACUACGACUGAUAUCCUCUUUCCAGAGACCAGCAGCAUUGACGUCUUGUUUCCGGAAACUACAAGCAUGGAUUUCUUCCCGGAACCAACUACAACCAUUACUUCAUUAGAGCUAACUCCCACACCCUCGUCCAUUAUCUCCUCGUCUACACUGUCCUCACCCAUUUUUUCUUUGUCUCGAUUCACCAGCCCCUCUCUGCAGCUGACAACCACCUCUGCAGCUAUAUCUCUAUCUCCAACACCUCUAAUAACCAUCGCUCCAUCGUCUGCUCCAUUUACUUCUACUGCCACAUCUACCUCAACACUCACUGACACCACACUACUACCUUCACUAAGCACACGAUCCAUACCCACAACGACAGUGGAUAUUACAGAGACAAUAAUUUUCCCUACCCUGACUACAGAUUUUAUCAUGCUGUUUCCAUCUACUCCGAUAUUUUCAUCCUCAAUUCCUUCCAGUAGUAAUAUUCCUACAUCAAUUACACCGUCUAUUUCACCGACACCAACCCCAAUUUUAUUGCCGUGUGAAUUUACUGACUGUGGUAAUGGAACAUGUAUUAAUCUCGAACAAGACUUUAUUUGUGAGUGUUUUAACGGAUGGACUGGCCAAUUUUGUGAUAUUGACAUCGAUUAUUGCUCUUUGGAACUAAGCUCUUCAGGAUUUUCAGGGGCUAUGGCUCUUGAGCCUUGCGACGUACAAGGCACUAGUGAAUGUAUCGAUGGCAACUCAACAUACACUUGCGUGUGCUUACCUGGCUUCACUGGCCGAAACUGCUCAGUAGAUAUCGAUAAUUGUGUUCCCGAACCUUGUCUGAACAAUGGCACCUGUGUGAACGAACUGGGCAUGAAUUUUAGUUGUCAAUGCGGUAGUGAAUACACUGGUCCCUUCUGUGAGAUAGACCUAACUCCUUGCUCGCCAAAUCCUUGUUCUAUUAAUGAGAUAUGUACAGACCUUGGAAGCGGUAUAUUCGAGUGUGUCAAUAUAACUACCUCAACUCUGUUGGUGUCGCGUACUAGCAUUCCAAUUCUAACACCUAUUGCAUCAAGUUCAAUUGCACUAACCAGCUCAAUUCAGACCUCAAUUGUGUCAACUUCUAUUCAGACCUCAAGUUCCGAAUCAAGUAUUACUUCAACUCGCUCCAUCGCAUCAAGUGUCUUCAUUGCACCUACACCUACGCCUUCUCCUAAUGUUUCAAUAUGCGAUUUUGUCAGCUGUGGAAACGGAACUUGUUUUGAUCUUGGAAGCGAUUUUCGAUGCGGAUGCUUUCCCGGAUGGACGGGGGAGCUUUGUGACAUAGACAUUGAUUAUUGUACUGACGAACCAUGUGACAUCAAUGGUACCAUGGCUUGCAUAGACGGAAUUUCUACGUACACCUGUAAUUGUGUUCUCGGCUACACUGGUAGAAACUGUUCUAUUGAUAUUGAUGAGUGUGCUGUGGAGCCAUGCUUAAACAAUGCAACCUGUGUUAACGGCUUGUUCGGUCAAUUUGUUUGCAUUUGUCCCGAAGGUUUUACUGGACCACUGUGUGGUAUAAAUGUCAACCCUUGUUCCUCUAAUCCAUGCAAAGAAGAAGAAAUAUGCGUUAUUAAACAGGAUGGAACAUUUAUUUGCAUAUUCGAUGUUACUCCUUCUCCCACGGUUACAAUUAUGUCAACUUUGGAAUCCAUACCUACCACUAUUACUGCAACAAGCUCAAUGGUUACAUCAUCUUUUGUAAUGACGUCUUCAACUCCUCUCCCCACACCCACCCCCUCACCUGAAAACACACCCCCUGUGUCGCUCAAUCAAAUUGGCACUCUUCUUGUAAACGAAGGACAAGCAUUUCAAUUUACAGUACCUGAAAAUACUUUCUUUGAUCAGGAGAGUGGAACGACUAGUCAAUUGCAGCUCUCACUUCUUGACUCCAGCGGAAAUAGCCUACCCAAUACGACAUGGAUUCAGCUGCGAUACUUAUCAGGAGGUGUGCUCGUUAUUGAAGGGUUGCCAUUAAAUAAUCAGUUGGCAUCUGGGUUGCUCACUGAUUAUGUUUUCUUAUUGAGAGCCGAAGACAUUAACGGAGGAGUUGCUCAUGAUCUAGUAACAGUCCGUAUAAUCCCAGCAGCACAACCGAUCAAUAAUUUGUUGAUGGUAUUCUUUGAGGGAGAAUUUGAACUCUUCAAUCAAAAUCUCACUGCAAAAAUUGAUCUCUAUAAUGUUUUAUCGUCGUUUGGACCUACCGGAAAUUCUGACAUCUAUAUUGGGUCAUUCUCAAGCGGAAGUAUUGCAGUGUCCUUUACAAAUCUCUCUAUAGCAAAUGGUGACUGUUUUGCUUUCUUAGAUUGGGCACAAGAAAUAAUAACUAUCUCUGAUGAUCAGAAUACAUAUACAGAUCGCUUCAUUUCAACUGUGUUACCAUUUGUGCCCACAAACGUACCACAAAUUGACGGGCCAUGCCGAGAUUUCGUUGCAACUCCUGGCACUGAUACACCACAAACUCCAGCUCUAAAUCCUAUACCAGUAACCGAUCAAAUUCUCCUACUAGCUACAGUGAUACCGGCCGUCAUACUAGCUUGCUUAUGUCUCUGCUGCGGUAUCAUAGCUUGCAUACUGUAUCGAAGAAGGCGUUCAGAGCGCGAGCAACUUUUCAAUCCUUCGAUGAAGAGAGCAUUCUUACAUCGUCGUCCAGUCAUACUAGCUGGUGAGCUUGACCUUCCACAAAGAGGCAGACGCCCGGUAAUUCUUAUCAACGAGCAAGCACUACGUGAACAGAGACGACGACUGUUACUAGAAGAAGCCGUCGAAGAUGAAGAGGACAGUGACAGUGACCGAGACGAUAUGCGAGCUAUGCCGUUGCCACAGAGUCUAGUCGAAAGAUUAUUGCCGCAGCCUGAAGUCCUACCUCCACCAUAUAUAGAUCCACCAGUCUAUCACUACGCCCGGCAUAGGUUCAAUUAUUAAACAAUUCGUAACUAUUUUAGUUAAGUUUGCACCACACUUUUUAUUCCACUUCUCUCUCUCAUGAAAUAUUUCUUGUUA